AUGAACAACUUUGGCGUCUACGAACUCGCCAGCACAAAAACGACGUCUGCCCCGGGCUGGGCUUACGUCCCGGACACGGGCGUCAACCCGGCCGCCGCAGCCCUACAACCCACGAACCGCAAACGUGCCGCGCGAAACAAGGCGAACCCCUCCGCGUCGGACCUUACAGUCAGGCAAGAGGCCAAGAUCCGCAAGGAACUGGAAGUGCUAGACCGCGACUGCGGGAGGGACGCAUCGAUUCCCAUCCCUGCCAAGGGAUCAAGAAACCAAACCAAAAGCACACCCAACGUCCGCAAAAUCCUCCAGUCCCAAAAGACCUUCCACAACCACCUCGACGACUACCUCGCGCAGAUCUCCCACGCAGAGAACGCGCCCGCCCCUCACCCGAACCAGCACACCGCCAAACCCGCCAACAAGCCGCCGCACCCGAACCAGCACACCAAGCGCAACGCCGCGAAGCGCUCCAAGACGUCCACCCCGAAACCGGCGGAGCCAGAAGACGUGGAAAUGACCCCCGCGCCGUCCGUAGCUGGUGCUGGUGCUGCUGCCGCCACCGCCGAAGAGGAAAAGAACGCAGGUCCCGUGCUCGCGCCGUACGAGAAACCCCCGCCGCCAUCACACCCCGGCGACGACGAUCCGCUGUUGGUGUCCAAGGUGCCCGCAGCCCCGACGGACGAGGAGCUGCGGUGGUUGCUCGCGCAGCCGAUGCUGAGUUUCUGGGACGCGAGGGCGGAGUGGGACGACGAGGACACGCGGUACCCUGUCCGGUCGUUCUGCGAGGUCUGCGGGUAUUGGGGUCGGGUCAAGUGUAUGAAGUGCGGGACGAGGGUCUGCGCGCUGAAUUGUUUGGAGACGCAUCGUGAGGAAUGCGCUACGAGAUACGGUUAUUGA